UAAAAAGGUAUUAGCUUCAGGGGGGAUGAACUUGAAAAAUGAAAAAAAAAAAAAGUCCUACAUUUUUUGUAAAUACCAUGACUUCAUAAUGUUCACAAUAUUUGACUCAACCAAUCACAAUUUUUCUUUUAGAAUAUGGAGGAUUCAGAAACAGGGUGGUUGGAGACCAAUUCCAAAAAGCUACCUUCUUCAAAGUACAAAGGAGUAGUCCCUCAGUCAAAUGGUAGAUGGGGUGCACAAAUUUAUGAGAAGCAACAAAGGGUGUGGUUAGGAACCUUCAAUAAAGAAGAAGAAGCUGCAUUAGCUUAUGACAUUGCGGCAAUAAAGUUCCGAGGCUUGAAUUCCAUCACAAACUUCGACGAAACCAAGAAGAAUAAAGAUGGGUUGGAGACAAUCUUCUUGAACUCCCAUACUAAGACAGAGAUUGUGGAGAUGCUCAGAAGCCACAUUUAUGGUGCUGAGCUUCAGCAGUUCAAGCAGAAGGUAAACGAGCACGAAGCUGCAGCUGCAGCUGCAGGUUGCAGCAGCAGCAGCAGAGAGAUAGAGAGCCACAGUUUUGCAAAAUCCAUUAACGGGAACCACAACCAACGGCCGGAAUGGCUUUUUGAGAAGGUGGUAACGCCAAGCGACGUAGGGAAGCUACAUAGAAUGGUGAUACCGAAGAAACAAGCGGAGCUGCAUUUUCCAUUAGACAGUGAAAAAGGUGGUGAGGGAGUGAUACUGAGUUUUGAGGACAAUGUGGGGAAGAUUUGGAGGUUUAGGUAUUGCUUUUGGAGUAGCAGUCAGAGUUAUGUGUUGACCAAAGGUUGGAGUCGGUUUGUUAAGGAGAAGAAGUUGAAAGCUGGUGAUGUAGUCAGCUUUCAGAGAUGGACACUGCCUGAGGAGAAGUUGUUUAUUGAUUGCAGACAUGGAAAGGAGGAGUCCCGUGGUGAUGGUGGUGGUGAAGUUGAGGAGGUUUACAGGCCCGUUCAGGUUGAGAGGGUGGUUAAAUUAUUUGGUGUUGAAAUACAAGAAAAUUGUUCAAGUAAUUUUUGUAUUGAUGAUGAGGAAAGCACUAGGGAAAGCUAAACACAAGUGGGUUUAUUUAUGUUUGA